GUUUUCAUGCUUUUAUGCAUUGAGGAAGGUGCAGUGUCGUCUGACCAGGACGUGGAGUGGGCGCAGCUACAGAGGCAGCUGCAUCUCGAUGGUCUGAAGACUAUGAUUCAGCAAAGGGGCGGUCUGUCAGCAUUGAGAUCGAAUCCAUGCUUGCAGACUUUUAUUCUUAUGCACAGCGUCGCACACGCAGUGUCAACCUUCGAAAGACCUUACGCCACCCUAAUGGACUCCAACGGCCAUAUCCAGCAAUACGACAUCCCCUCCUUCCGCGGGCGCCCGGCCUCCACCCGCACGCUCCGCUUGUUCCACCCCCUCAAGCUCGACCCGGACCUCUACGACCUUAUCUCCAACAUCGUCAUCUUUGUUGGCGAUCUCAACGUCUGGAACGACGACCGCAAAUGCCCCGUCGACCCUAUCGAGAUGCAAAAGCAAAUCUGCCUACUCGUCUACCGGCUCUUCGACUGGUAUAAGCGCGGCGAAGAAGACUCCUCACUCCAGCGCAAUCCCGUCGACCAAUCCCUCUGCCUCGCCCUCACCAUCUUCCUUGUCAUCGCGUACAACCAGAAUUACGGCCCCAUGGUCUAUGCCGCGUCGCAGCGCCUCAAAGCUGCGCUGGAAAAAUGUCUCUUCUUCAACUGGGCUAACGCAGCCGACCUGCUCACGUGGACGUUGACGAUGGGCGGGCUGGCCACGCGGGGCACGGAUGACUUUGAGUUUUAUCGGCAGUAUAGCAUCGGCGCGUUCAAGUCGCAGGGGUUCGCGGAGGACACGAAUCCCGAGGAGGUACUAGAUCGCAUGCGCAAGUGUCUAUGGCUAGGACAGCUAGACAAGCAUGUCAAGGAUAUGUGGGCCGAGAUGGGCAUUUGCAGGGGCGAGGACGUCAUGGACAUGAGUAGUCCGAGCGGGAUGAAAAGUCCGGAUCGGAUCAAGAAAGAGGAUAUUGUGGGGGGGUUAACGAAUGAGCGAUUCUUCGGCAGGAAGCCUUGACGCUGGGUCGAUUGGCGGAGAAGUGGCAUGGGUGAGGGAAAGGGGUGGGAAAACAGAGUCACGGGUAGAAAGGCGUUCAGGUGUGCUAUCUAUUUGGUAUCCAGCAUUCGGUAAGGUGUCGGCAGGGGGCUGGGUGGAUGGGUCGGCCUCACGUGCUUCAGCGCACUGCAUGGCGGCGCUUAGUGUUUCAUUUCGCUUCUAUUCACUUCAUGUAUCGAUAACCCUAUUUACCAAUACUUACGCUGCCAUAGCUACAAUGGAGAAGGAAGUCCGGCCUCGCAGCUACCAAGCUACGCGACCUCUACCCG